UCUCAUCAUCGACAGCCUUCCGGCCUCGCAAUGGCUCGAUACGGUUUAACCCUCCCCCUGUCCCCCUUGGGAGGUUGGAAAAGGUCGCGGCAUUGCAACUUGGACAUCUUCCCGUUUUGGGCAACUUUGUUGGGUGGGCGACCCCUUCCACGACAAGACAUCGACUCCAUGACGGGGUCAUCUGAACACAGAACAAGAUCUCGAGUACAAAUAGACUCGAGUUCCCUUCCUGUGUAAACUCUGCCCUUUGAGAAGAACCACGCUCCAAACCUUAAAAAAGCAAGAGAUUGGUGCUGCCUCUCCCUCAAACUUUUCUAUAUCACUUCAUCCGCAACAUCCCAUCCAUCUCUUCGUCUCUCUUUCAACGUCUACCUCUGACACCAACAACCGUUGAGAACCCGGCAAGAUGAAAUUUACUAUUACCGUCUCCGCUCUCUUCGCCGCUUGCGCAGCGGCUCAGUCUCUGACAGAGGUGCUCAGCAAGCACGAGUCCGUCUCUGCGCUGAACAACCUGCUGUCGACGCAGCCCGCGCUGGUGUCCACCCUGGGGAGCGCCAAGAACAUCACCAUCCUGGCGCCCAACAACGAGGCCAUCACAGCGCUCACUUCGGACUCGGCCAACGCCGCUGCCAUCCAAAAGGACUCUGGCCUGGUCCCGGCCAUCCUCAGCUACCACGUCAUCAACGGCACCUACCGCGGCGAUGCCUUCACCAAGGAGGCCAAGUUCCUGCCCACCCUGCUCACCAACGCCACCUACGCCCAGGUCAUGGGUGGACAGAAGGUCGAGGGCAAGGCUGCUGGCCAGACCGUUGAGUUCAAGAGCGGUUUGCAAAAGAUGAGCAAGGUCACUGAGGCAAACAUUGCUUUCGACGGCGGUGUGAUCCACGUGAUCGACUCCGUCUUGACUCUUCCGCCCGCCGCUGCGCCGGCUUUGACCAAGCUCGACCUCAAGUCGCUCGCCGAGUCCCUGACCAAGGCCAACCUGGUCAAGACGGUCGAGGAGCUCAAGGAUGUUACCAUUUUCGCCCCGGCCGACUCGGCAUUUGCCAAGCUCUCCUCCACCUCCUCCACCCUGUCGGUUGAGCAGCUCUCGGCCGUCCUGACCUACCACGUGGUGAACGGAACCGUGGCCUACAGCACCGAUCUCAAGGAUGGACAGAAGGUCAAGACGGUCAACGGUCAGGAGGUGACGGUCAGAAUCAAGAACGGCGAGGUCAUGGUCGGCAACGCCAAGGUCGUCACUCCCGAUGUUCUCAUCUCCAAUGGUGUCGUCCACGUUAUCGACAACGUAUUGAUGCCCGGCGGCGCUACUACCAGCCAGGGAAGUGUCAGCUCCGGCGGUGCGGCGGCGAGGCCUUCCAGCCCUCCUGCCUCAGAGGGCCACUUCCUCACGCGUCCGGGCUCCGCCAGCUUUGUCGUCCUGAUGGUCGGCGUCGCUAUUAUUACGGGUCUGUAAACGGGAAAGCGCUUGCCUUUUUUGCAGUUUUUUGUUGCUUGAUUACUUGCUUUUUACUGGCAAUGACGGUCUUCGUGUGUGCCAUCCCCGUGCUCGCUCAUGGGGUCCAGAAGAAAGAAAGAAAGAGAAAAAAAAACAGCAGAAAAGUUUAUUUGCUUUUCUUUUCGCUUUACUGACAGACACAGUGGUAUUGAUCAUGGCAGUUGUGGGCGAGUUGUUCCACUUAUGACGGAACCGUUGGCGUCUCCUUUUUCGAUUCAAGGAAGAGGAAUACUAGUCCCUCUUUCAACGAUUAUGUAUGUAUCCGCGUGGCUUACUGACGACCCUA